AUGGCUUUUUCCUACUGUCAUCUAAAGUAUAAUUUCUCAAAGACAAGUCGCAAAUUGAAUGUGUGCAAAGACUCGCACCCAAUGGAGGAGGAGGAAGCUGGCUCCAGGAUGGAGCAGGACAAUGAAAGAUUUUAUCACACUACUCAGAGUGAUGCUGGCCAGGUUUUAUCUGCUCUUCCCAGAAGUUCUAGGCAAGUUGAAAUUCUGAAAAACCUUACUACAACAUACGAGAUUGUUCUCUGGCAACCAUUGAUGGCAGACUUGAUUGGGAAGAAGCAAGAAAUUCAUUUUUUUGUGAAUGAGUCAGAUGUAGGCAUUGUGAAAGUCCACUUAAACGAGAGCAGAAUUCCAUUCUGGGUCUUGAUAGGAGACGUUGAAGAGCUCAUUGUACAGCAGACUUCAAAUGACACAGUCAGCCCCCGGGCGUCCUCAUCAUACUACGAACAGUAUCACUCAUUAAGUGAAAUCUAUUCUUGGAUGGAAGUUAUCACUGAGCGAUAUCCUGAUUUAGUUGAAAAAAUCCACAUUGGUUCCUCCUAUGAGAAGAAUCCACUUUAUGUUUUAAAGGUUUCCAAACAAGAACAAACAGCUAAAAAUGCUGUCUGGAUUGACUGUGGCAUCCAUGCCAGAGAAUGGAUUUCUCCCGCCUUCUGCUUGUGGUUCAUUGGCUAUGUAACACAAUACUAUGGGAGAGAAACACUGUACACUAAUCUUCUGAGACACAUGGACUUCUAUGUCAUGCCAGUAAUGAACGUGGAUGGUUAUGACUACAGCUGGAAAACGAAUCGGAUGUGGAGAAAGAACCGAUCUCUUCAUGGGAAUAAUCAAUGCAUCGGAACAGAUCUGAACAGGAACUUUGCUUCUAAACACUGGUGUGAGGCAGGUGCGUCAAGUUUUUCGUGUUCUGAAGCCUACUGUGGACCCUACCCUGAGUCAGAACCAGAAGUGAAGGCCGUAGCUGAUUUCUUGAGAAAAAAUAGAAACCACAUUAAGGCAUACAUAACUAUGCAUUCAUACUCCCAAAUGAUAUUGUUUCCAUAUUCCUACAGCAGAAACAAAAGUAAAGACCACAAGGAGCUGUCUCUAGUGGCCAGUGAAGCUGUUGAUGCUAUUGAGAGCAUUAAUAAAAACAUCAAGUAUACACAUGGCAGUGGCUCUGAAACCUUAUACCUAGCUCCUGGAGGUUCGGAUGACUGGAUUUAUGACUUGGGCACCAAAUACUCCUUUACAAUUGAACUUCGUGAUACGGGCAAAUUUGGAUUUUUGCUGCCUGAAAGAUAUAUCAAACCAACUUGCAAAGAAGCUCUCGCUGCUAUCUUUAAUAUAGUCCGGCACGUCAUCAAGAAUGCUUAA